AUGGGACUUCACCCUGAAAGCGGGAAAGCCCCGGUCGACGCGCCCCAAAGUUCUGGCACCUGCUCCAGGAGGAUCUUCUGCAACAUCAAGGUGUUUGUGCUGUGCCAUGGGCUUCUCCAGCUGUCCCAGCUCCUCUACAGUGCCAACUUCAAGAGCAGCCUCACCACCAUCGAGAAGCGCUUCGGGCUCUCCAGUCUCUCUUCAGGCUUCAUCUCCAGCUUACAUGAGAUUGGCAACGUGGUUCUCAUCAUCUUCGUCAGCUACUUCGGGAGCCGCGUUCACCGCCCGCGGGUGAUCGGGGCAGGGGGGCUGCUCCUGGCCCUGGGGGCCUUCCUGGUCACCCUGCCCCACUUUCUGUCGGGCCCCUACGAGUACACCUCGCUGAGCACUGGUAACAAGAGCCACGUCCAGGCUGAACUCUGCUAUGCAGAGAACAAGUUUAUGUGCCCAAACACCACCCAGGACCCCCAGAGGGAGGCCAGCAGCAUCUGGGCCAUGAUGGUGAUUGCCCAGCUCCUGGCUGGCAUCGGGACCGUUCCCAUCCAGCCCUUUGGAAUCUCCUAUGUGGAUGACUUUGCAGAAGCAAACAACUCCCCGCUGUACGUUGCCAUCCUCUUUGCUAUCGCUGUGUUUGGUCCUGCUUUUGGGUACCUCCUGGGGUCCGUGGUGCUGAGGCUCUUUGUGGAUAUUGGAAGAGUUGACCUUGCUGCAGUGGCCCUGACGCCGCGGGACCAGCGCUGGGUGGGCGCCUGGUGGCUGGGGCUGCUCAUCUCCUCGGGCUGCUUGGUCCUCACCUCCAUCCCUUACUUCUUCUUCCCUCGCUACAUGAUAAAAGAAGAGGACCCGAAGACGGAGGCUGGCAUGCUCAGCAAGAUGGAGAAGGGGGUGGCUGAAGAAACCUCCCUGCUGGAGUUUAUCAAAAGAUUCCCAAAGAUCUUCCUCAGGCUACUGUUCAACCCCCUCUUCAUCCUCCUGGUGCUGGCUCAGUGCAGCUUCUCCUCAGUCAUUGCGGGUCUGGCCACAUUCCUCAACAAGUUCCUGGAGAAGCAGUAUGGUGCCUCCUCCUCCUAUGCCAACUUCCUCAUAGGAGCUGUGAACCUGCCAGCAGCAGCUCUGGGGAUGCUCUUGGGAGGAAUCAUCAUGAAACGUUUUGCCUUCUCCCUCCGGGCCAUCCCCCGCUUUGCUGUGGUGGUGCUUGUCUUCUCCAUCCUCAUCUGCCUGCCCAUCUUCUUCAUGGGCUGCUCCCAAGGGAGGAUCCAUGGCAUCUACCCCCCCAGUACAUUGAGUUCCCAGCAGCAGGUGAAGAUGCCUGGUGGGUGCCACUGCUCUGAGAACAUCUUCCACCCAGUGUGUGGGGAAAACAAUGUGGAGUACAUCUCCCCCUGCUUCGCUGGCUGCACAAACAUCACCCUGAAUUCUUCCACCCCCAAGCAAGUGAUCUACAAGAACUGUUCCCUGAUCCCUGCUGGGAACGGGCUGUCCUCUGCCAAGACAGGCUCCUGUCCUCUCAUCUGCUCCCACAUGCUCCUUUCUGCCAUAUUCCUCAUCUCCUUGGCUGCCCUGGUGGCCUGCCUGUCCCACAACCCCCUCUACAUGAUGGUGCUACGGGUGGUGAACCAGGAUGAGAAGUCCUUUGCCAUCGGGGUCCAGUUCUUACUCAUGAGGCUGCUGGCCUGGCUGCCCGCACCAGCCAUAUACCUAGGGCUGCAGGUGGGCUACAAGGUGGUGGGCACCAUCCUCCUGGCCCUCAUCAGCUGGAAGGUGAAGAGGAGCAAGGAGUACAACGUGCAGGAGAAGGCAGCAGGGCUGGUGUAG